AUGCAAGCUGGACUCAGCUUUUUCGACAAAAAAGCCCCAGAUGUUGUUGUUCGCAGCCUCUUCGAAAAAUACGAUACGAAUGGAAAUGGUAAACUGGACGAAAAAGAAAUGCAAACCCUAUUGGAAGGAGAUUUAGGCCUGGAUCGAGAACAAACUGGAGUGUACAUUCCCCUUGUGGACAAGAACGGUGACCAUGAUGUCUCCUUUGAAGAAUUCAGCGACUGGCUUCGCAGCGAAGAACACUUUCAAAUUUUACAUGACAAACAAAUGUUUGAAAAACUUUCCAAAGCGUUCAGAUAUUUCAAGAGUUUUACCACAGAUGACGGUGACACUCUUGAUCGCGUUCAGUUCGAGGAACUGAUGAAGUUCUUUGGGUAUGAAACCAUCGACAUGGAGAAAGCUUUCGCGAAAAUCGACAAGGACAAAAAUGGGGUAGUGUCUUUUUGGGAGUUCAUGGUAUGGUUGAAAUGGGUGCCAGUUUUGAACUGA